AUGGAAACCCAGGUAUUUUUAAUAUUUGUCAUAUCAAAAGAGUUUUGGUCUUGUGUGUUUUGAUGACAACGAAAGGCCCUAGAAAGUGUUCAAAAGCUUGAGCAGCUUAUUUCUCCCUUCGAUUUCUUUGCUCUUUACGAUUGCUUCUAUCUCAAUGACACGUUUCGCACAUUUCUUAUCUUUCCAUUUAUCAUCAUACACAUUUCCAACUACACUAUUUAAGGUUUUCUAUUCUCAGUUAGCUGUCUGUCUCUUACAAGAGAGGUCAUUAUUCAUAAGUUUUCCAUUUUCAUAGAAGUUAUUGACGACUUCGUUAUGUACCUAAACAAGUCAAAAUUUUCAUUACAAAACCCAGAUUUUUCAAGGGAAGCCUCAAGUCCUUGCAAAAAAGUUCAGACUAUUCAAAUCUCAACUUUUACUUCAUUUCUGAUUAAUUUUGUUGGAAAACAUUUUUAGAUGUAAUGAACAAAAAAUAAAAAAAUAGGCUUCAAUUUGAAACCUCAGACGUUUUUUGUUUUUUUUUUUGAAAGCUUGUACCUUAAUUUGAAUAGUUUUUGUCUAGAUUCCAGAGAAUGUCCAACUAAAUUUUCAGAUGCGGCUCUUGUCGAUAAAUCAAUAAUACUUUUUGGUUAACAUUUUUUUAUGUCUCGAAUUUCAACAAAAAAACUUCUCAGUUUUCCAUAAAGUAACUUUUUCUGAAGUUUUAAAUAGAUUUUUUUGAGGAAGAGAUGCACAAGUACACUCUCUACUACUUCCCCGUUCGAGGACGAGGAGAGCCUAUCAGACUUUUGUUCCAUCUCGACAACCAGCCUUUCGCCGAUGAGCGUAUUUCGCUAGAGCAAUGGCCUUCUUACAAAUCCAGUGAGGGAGAAAUUAUGAAUUCUAUUAGAAAACUGAUUUCAGGCAUGCCUCUUGGACAAAUUCCAGUGCUCGAAGUUGACGGCGUGAAACUCGCUCAAUCUCCAGCGAUUCUGCGUUUUCUCGGACAUCAACAACGUGAGAAUGAAGAAAGCAAACUACGAACUGAAGGAAAAGUUCAGGUCGAGCAGGCGCUAACGCUAUCGAAUGCGCAAAGCUGGAUAUGAUUGCCGAGGUUGUUCAAGAGUUCUCGAACACUGAAGGAGCCGGCAAAUUUGGAAGGGUUCUGCUCGGUAUGAUCACUGCCGAUAAGGUUCAUCUCAACAAAAAAAUCAAAAAAUAAAAAAAUAUUUUUUUAGAAUCAAUAUUAUAAAGAACACGUCGUGCCGGAUCUUGAGAAGUACGCUCCAAUCAUUGAGAAGUUCCUGGUCGAAAAUGGAAACAACGGUCUUUUCAUUGGAGAUCGCGUUAGUUUCUUGAAAGUUCUUUUAAAAGUCGAUUUUUUUCCGGAUUACUAUUCUUUAUGAGUGCGGUACAACAUUGACAAAAUAGUUUGAUUGAACGAAAGAUCACAGACACGGAAAAAUGUUUUGGGCCGUUACGAUAGUUGUACAACUUAUCAGCUCACAAAAAGAGUUGAUAAGAAUUGAACCAUAGGGAAACUCACGUUAAAGAACUGUCGUAUGAAUUUCGAAGAGUUCAUAUCUUUUUUUUUACGCCGAGGUCAGGAAAAACGAAUUGAGAAAAGUGUUGAUUCUCAAUGAAGCAAAAUUACUAAAAAUCAUCAAAUAUUGAAAAAGAUUUAUUUAGGAAACAUGGGUUGACGUAUUCUCUGCCGAGGUGUUCUCCAAAUUCAUCGAAUACGGAAGUCCUGACGCGCUUGACGCUUAUCCCCACAUUCGGGUAUUUACUGUUUCAAGUUUCACGCAAAUGAAAAAGUCAUUGUGCAGGCUCAAAUUCAACGCGUCUUCAAUCACCCCAACAUCAAGAGAUACAUCGCUUCUCGCCCAGUAACCCCUUUCUAA